GCUGCUGCCGAUUUACUCCGCCUUACCUCCCCUCACACAAAGGCUAUUCUAGUAUUUCCUAGAUCUGUUGCUUCCCUUUUUUUUUUUAGCGUUUCUGAGGCACAGGUGCCAUGACAUCAGCUCUGUUACGUCUUGGAAACUCCAAGGGUUCGUCUUGAAAUCUGACCGAGAGAUCUGUCCACCAUGCCUAUAAAAACCCAGGACUGAGCAGCACCUCGCACCAGACACAAGAAGAAUCUGCCCUGGUCCUGCCUUUGCCCUCGCAACUCAUCUCCAUCCAUAAUGAAGGUCUGUGCAGCAUUUGUCUCCAUCAUCAUCCUCCUCGCUGCUACCCUCUUUCCUCAGGCUUCUCCUGCUCCAAUUGGUGCUGAUACAACUGUGUGCUGCUUCAGCUACACCUCACGGAAGCUGCCCCAGAGUCAUGUGAAGGACUAUUUCUACACCAGCAGCAAGUGCUCGCAGCCAGCAGUUGUGUUCAUCACCAGGAAGGACCGGGAGGUCUGUGCAAACCCUGACGCCAGAUGGGUGAAGGAAUACGUGAACGCCCUGGAGCUGCAGUGAGUCAUGGGAGAUUAGAGGUCUCUGCCCCGGACAGUCCUGCAAGACCAUCUGGCAGAGUCUUAGCACAGACCUAGAAAUCCUGCUGCUGAGCACCAGGACCUGCUGAGCCACCUUGGGAUGCCUGAUGUUCCUUCUGUCUUGCAAAGGCAUUAUUUAUCAUUAUAAUUUAUCUACCCUCACAGGCAGCUGUGAUGCUGGGGACCUCAUGGCCUUGCAGACCCACCUUGUCAUAGCCUGCUGUGUGACAUGCAGCCAAACUGUCCCCUCCUUGUGCCUCCGCCACUAGAAUAGGAGGGGGAUUUUAUCCCUGGAGCUAUUUGUGGGAAGUGGUCUGUCAAAAUCAGGUAUCAGUGCUGUCAUGUAAGCCCAGGCUGACCUCCAGGUCAGCUGGCUCAAUUUUGCCGUGCUUUGGUAGAUGCUCUGAGCAAGAUCUGUCUUCUCAGGGGAGGAUGUGGUACACUGGUUAUUUACAGGAUGCUCAUUGUAGAACCGCAUUGUUCAGCCUUGUUCUCAAAAUGCUGUCUCUUGCUGAUGCCAAAGAAUAAAGAUUUUUGUCUCUCUAUGUCAGUUCUGGAAGUGGUUGU